UGCAACUUUUGCGCGGUGAGAGUCUCAUCGGUGGUCUCGUUUGCCGGCAACACCACACGUGUUUGCCGCCGAUUCCUCGUUUUUCCGAUUAUCGAAUAUGCAUUUUAGGGACAAUUCAGAGAAAUAUUCCAGAUUUCCCUAAUACUGCUUAAAGAACAUCCAGUUGAUAGAAAACUUUCUUCCGUUGCAGAGCAACAUCGCGUGUGGAUUAGAUUUUCGUUUCCAAGUCAACAAUUCCACUAGGUAGACUUAUGGUCGAGAAGGAUGUCGCAUCUUCUGAUUUCAUCAGCUAAUUCUAAGCGGGCACGGAUGAUUUUAAUAGAUGGCGGUUACCGACGACGAAUUGUCUUGUGAAGACCAGCCGCGGAGAAAUUGCUUGUCCCGCUCAAGAAGCUUGCCUCAAUUAUCGCACCAUGAUUCGGGCCUUGGAAGUUACUAUGGGGGAUCUGGUGCUGAAGAUCCGGCAGCAUCUCGAGCUGCCCGGCUGGUCGCAGAUUUGCGACAACUUCUUACACUCAAACAACAUUAUUAUCCCGAGGGUGGAUGGGGAUGGGUGGUGGUCACCGCCGCCUUCCUUGUGCACCUUCUUAGUCAUGGCUUCGUGAUAUCUGCGGGAUUGUUUUAUUUGGAAAUUAUACGUAUGUUCGGAUGGCAGAUCAAGGAUUCAGCAGCUUGGCUCGGAGCAAUGUCAGCAGGGGUCGCCCUGUUUGUUUCCCCCAUAACAAUUGCGUUUUGUAGACGAAAGUCCAUUCGGGUUACUGCAGUCAUGGGGGGACUCGUAACAGCAUUGGGCUGUCUUUUUUCCAGUUUCGCCACUCAAUUCCAUCAGUUGUUUUUUAGUUAUGGUACAGUUAUCGGCAUUGGGGCAGGGAUAACCAGAGACUGUUCAACUUUGAUGGUCGCUCAAUAUUUUAAACGUCGCAGAGAAUUAGUGGAAAUCUUUAUUUUAUGUGGAAGCGGGUUAGGCAUUACCACUAUGUCCGUAAUCAUUAGAAGUACUGUAGGUGCACUAGGCUGGCGUCUUGGGCUGCAAGUUGUAACCGGUACCAUUUCAAUCACCUCCAUUCUCGGCACUUUCUAUCGCUCGGCUUCGUUGUAUCACCCGCAAAGGCGAGCUAUCCUCCAUAUCAAAAACCAAAAGCGGAAAAUUAAGGACAAAAACAAACUUGAAGACAAGGGACCGUUCUUCGACUUCAGCACGUUGAGGAGCAAAACUGUCCGCAUUUUAUUGAUUUCUACCGGAAUUAGUGCGUUCGGAAUAAAUACGCCUGCAUUUUAUUUGGCGUAUCAUGCACAGAUCGAAGGCUUGGGCAAUUCGGCAGUUCUUCUGCAGGUAUAUCUGGGUUUGGCAUGGACGGUUGGCUGCAUUACUUUCAGUCUCUUGAUACUUCAAAACUCGUCAGAAUGUCAAAUAGCAAGGCAAUAUCUGUGUCAAACUUCUGGAUUUAUGUGCGGCUUAUCAAUAUUAGCCUUCACCCUUGUAAAAGACAACUACCACGCCUAUGUCAUGUUUACUUGGAUAUACGGUUUCUUUUACGGUGGCUACCAGUAUUCUCUGAAGAUGUACACUUACCAACGUGUCCGGGCUCGGAAUUUUGGUAGAACUUGGGGCUUCGUUCAAUGUUCACAGGGAAUUCCUAUUAUAACAGGAGUUCCGUUUUCCGGAUAUUUAAACGAGAAAUACGGAGAACGGACUGGCUACUACUUUAGCUCCGCCUGUGUGCUUCUCGGUAGUCUGAUGCUUUUCUUGAUCGACGUACAUCGUCGAAAAAUCUCCAGACACAAGCACACCAGAGAAAACGGUACUCGGCAUCUCUGCAAAAACGAAUCGUGCCCUCAACGCAGGAAAUUGUCUUUUUCGCAGGAACCCGAAAACGAUGCAGGUGUCACCGCAGGAACCGCAGCCGCUCUCGUGUUGGGAGCCGAUAUAAAUCCCAAUCAGUCGGGCGGGCUUAUCGAUAAUAUAAUCGUGUCUGGAGAUAAAGAACUGACUUGCAUAUCGGAGGAAGGAAUUGCUGACAUGGAUCUUCCGGAUAAUAUAUUAGACGACCUUGACUACAUUGGAGACUGUAUAACGUCCUGUAACAAAGUAGAAAAUUAUUUAAUGCUUAGCGAAUUUGAAAAUAAUUUGAUAGCGGAACUACCGGUGAUGCUCGAUAGAAAAGGUAGGAGGUGGUCCCUAGCGAAGCCCAAGUUCAUUCAGAAUGGUGAAACAGAAAAACUUAAUGGGGAAACAAAAGAGGGCGACAUCGGAGAAGAGAACAAGGCAUCUAAGAGCAACGAAAAUGGAAAUAAUUGGAAGCCGUUUCCAAAUAGAGUCAUACAUAUUAUAGACGAGUCAUCUGUUUAGUUUUUGUAGAAUAAUGAAAUGAUAUUUAUUAUAUUUAUAUAAAGAAUAGGAGAGUCUACGAAGUAAUAGAAAA